UGAAAGUCGUCCUGGCGUUUCCGAAGAGCAGCGCCUGCUAAGGCGUGUGUGGGUUGAAGGGAGGAGCUCGUGGGGAGCCCUGUGAUGCACAGCCGUGCGCAAAGCGGGGAGCAGUCUUGCGGUGCUCAGGCUUGGUGGGUGCAGGGCCGACUCCGGUUGGCUGGUUUGCAGCGUUCUGUGGGGCAGGAGUCUCCAAGUCUGUCAGCGUAGAGCCACAGUGCAGGGUCAGUGGAGGGCGUGCAGAGACGUAUCUUGGGAACCGGGCCGGCCCGCAGGAACCUGGGUCUGCGCAUCUGGAGGCAUGUGGAAGCACUCUCGCGUGGACCCCGAGGAGCUCUUCACCAAGCUCGACCGCAUCGGCAAGGGCUCGUUUGGGGAGGUGUACAAGGGCAUCGACAACCGCACCAAGGAGGUGGUUGCCAUCAAGAUCAUCGACCUGGAGGAGGCUGAGGACGAGAUCGAGGACAUCCAGCAGGAGAUCACGGUGCUCAGCCAGUGCGACAGCCCCUACAUCACGCGCUACUUCGGCUCCUACCUGAAGAGCACGAAGCUGUGGAUCAUCAUGGAGUACCUGGGCGGCGGCUCCGCCUUGGACCUGCUUAAGCCGGGUCCCCUGGAGGAGACCUACAUCGCCACCAUCCUGCGAGAGAUCCUGAAGGGCCUGGAGUACCUGCACUCAGAGCGCAAGAUACACCGAGACAUCAAAGCUGCGAACGUGCUGCUCUCAGAGCAGGGUGACGUGAAGCUGGCAGACUUCGGGGUGGCAGGGCAGCUCACGGACACGCAGAUCAAGAGGAACACGUUUGUGGGCACCCCCUUCUGGAUGGCGCCCGAGGUCAUCAAGCAGUCGGCCUAUGACUUCAAGGCUGACAUCUGGUCGCUGGGGAUCACGGCCAUCGAGCUGGCCAAGGGCGAGCCCCCCAACUCCGACCUCCACCCCAUGCGCGUCUUGUUCCUGAUCCCCAAGAACAGCCCACCCACGCUGGAGGGCCGCCACAGCAAGCCCUUCAGGGAGUUCGUGGAGGCGUGCCUCAACAAGGACCCCCGAUUCCGGCCCGCCGCCAAGGAGCUCCUGAAGCACAAGUUCAUCACGCGCUACACCAAGAAGACCUCCUUCCUCACUGAGCUCAUCGACCGCUACAAGCGCUGGAAGUCAGAGGGCCACGGCGAGGAGUCAAGCUCCGAGGACUCCGACAUCGACGGAGACCCUGAGGACGGAGAGCAGGGCCCCGUCUGGACGUUCCCCCCCACCAUCCGGCCGAGCCCGCACGGCAAGCUGCACAAGGGGACGGCCCUGCAUGGCCCCCAGAAGUCAGCGGAGCCUGUCAAGAGGCAGCCGAGGUCCCAGUGCCUGUCCACGCUGGUCCGACCCGUCUUUGGAGAGCUCAAAGAGAAGCACAAGCAGAGCGGCGGGGGCCUGGGGGCGCUGGAGGAGCUGGAGAACGCCUUCAGCCUGGCUGAGGAGUCCUGCCCCGGCAUCUCGGACAAGCUGAUGGCUCAGCUGGUGGAGCGCGUGCAGAGGUUUUCACACAGCAGAAACCACCUGACGUCAGCCCGCUGAAGCCGCUGCGGUUCGCACACAGGGGAGAGAGGGGUCUUCGUCUUGAGCUGCCUUGUCGAGGACCGCGCUCACUGGAAACCCCGUGUGCUGUCGGGGCCGCCGGCCUCCCUGCCGGGCCACGCCCCCAGCCCCGAGCAGAGGGCCGCCCCGUUGCCACGCCCCCCUCGUGGCCAGGCCACGGCCACACUCGGCAGCAGAGCGGUGCCUGGCCGUCCCCUCUGUGGGCUCCCGGGCAGUGCGGCCACCCAGACUGAGGGGCAGAUAUGCCUCCUCCCCACCCGGCCCGAUGGCCCUUGGAGGUUGUAGAUUUGCCUUGUGGUGUUGGAUCAGGUACCGUGUCUUCUCAUAAGUACUUGUCAGCCAGAAUGUUGUUUUUUAAGAAAAAUCAAACUUCCUUGCUUCCGUAAAUAGCCUGAGGGUAAGGAGUUGGUUUUCAUAGAACGUUGAGAAGUUCCUGCCACUUUCAAUAAAGACCUGACUUGGAGA